CCAACGACAAUCUACAUUGCCCACCAUGAAUCGCAAAGAAGUGCUGUGGUGACUCCCGAUUUCCUUGGUAAUGCGCACUCGUCUGGCUACGACAUGGUCACGGCACCUCUCACGACGUCUCGCUUUCAAUCGCGGGUGUUGACCCGGCUUCAAGGCUAUGUGGAAGAAGUAAAGACGGCCAAGAAUGCCGAAGAUGUGCCACUUCCUACCAUCUCUCCACUGACCCCGGACGACACCGACCUGGGCCCAGACGAGAGCAACAUAGCCAUUAUCGGGGUCGUCAGUCCUUGGAUCGACCUCGGCUCACCAGAUCCGCUGAUUGCUCACGUCAGCAGGCAAGUCUUCAGCUUAGAGGUUGCCUUUGCUGCAUUUGUUGGCAUAGGCAAUGUGCUGGUCCACGGGCCCAUCGAAGGAUCCGAUCAGGUACAGUAUGCCCGCGCAAUCCUCGAAGGACUUGGGCUGGGCCCAUAUAUUCAGCUGCAAAUCCUUCUGCCAAUGAAUGGAGAAUUGGAGCUUGAAGGAGCAGAUGGUGCACAUCUGUCCGAGCUGGCACGGGAGAAGUACUUGCCUGUGCCUAGCGAAGAGGAUGAUGCGGAGCCUGAGCUGUUCGCAAGUUGGGACACCUGGGACACGAUCCGGACAAUGUCUCAGUACAGCAAUAAGCUGACAGUAGCCCUGGAACUUCCACGCCACCUCCCUGACCUCAAACUACAGUCCAGAUGGUUUUCGGAGCCAGUACGAUCGCUUGUGUUGCCAAGAACGAGCUUUCUCCGCAACCAAAGUGGAUAUCCCGUUCUGGAUAAGGCACAUCAGCAACUGCUUUCUCGCUUCUUGCGCCUCAAGUUUGCGCCGUGGGUACUGCUAGCCGAUGUAGACCCCAUCGAAGCCCCUGACGGCACGCGAAAUAGCCAGUCUGUCACAGAGCCGACACCCGCAGAGUCUGCAUUGGCGGUGUCGAAGGGCAAACCAGCAGAUCCUGUAGCUCACCUUCGAUAUGUGAGGCGUCUACAGCAGACGCAACCUGCGCGACCUGCGGUAGAAUGCUUCGGUCAAGGUUACCAAGAUUACGUCCAAUCGCCACUUCAGCCUCUCACUGACAAUCUGGAGUCCGUGACAUAUGAAGUCUUUGAAAAGGAUCCAGUCAAAUACGAAUGGUACGAGCGUGCUGUUGCGGCAGCACUCAAGGACAUUCGAGGGAAGCUUGGGGAAGACCAGAGACCCAUUGUUUGCGCUGUAGCCGGGGCUGGAAGAGGUCCACUGGUGACACGCGUCCUUCGCGCCAGCAAGUCUACUGGCAUCUCGAUCGUGCCUUGCGCAGUGGAGAAAAACCCAAAUGCCCACGUUCUCAUUCAGCGACGAAACGCUACCGAUCCAUUAUGGAACGGACAGGUGCUGGUGUACAAAUCUGAUAUGCGCAGCUGGCCAGGUCCUACCAUCCACGGCCAAGUCCACAAGGUCGACAUACUCGUUUCGGAACUGCUAGGCUCCUUUGCCGACAAUGAGCUGUCGCCGGAGUGUCUUGACGGCGUGCAACAUGUUCUCCACCAGGGCCACGGAGUGAACAUUCCACAAUCGUACAGCGCACACUUCACCCCAAUUGCGACACCACGUCUAUACAGCGAUCUCCUCGGCCGCAGCGGAGAUGACAAAUGGGAGCUCCCAGCAGUCAUCAUGCUACACCAAUACGACGAUCUGUGCCGUAUCAACGGAGGUUCAGGGCAGAUGCAGUCAACCGUCUUCCCAGAAUUGACGCCGAACGUCCAAGACGCAUGGCUCUUUUCCCAUCCUCUUCCGCCCGCAAUCCUCGGCCAAGCCGAGAAACGCGCUGGCGGCACUCUUGACGCUGGUGGCUUCACUGGCGGCGACGGCAAGAAUGAGCAUAACGUCCGCUCCUGUCACGCGACAUUCAUUGCUGAAAAUCGCGGUGUCUGCCAUGGACUAGCAGGCUACUUUGAGACUGUUCUGUAUACGCCGCAAGAUGAAGAUGCUGUGUCGAUUGAGCUGAGUACAAACCCGCUGACGAUGGAUCAAAAGAGCAAGGACAUGAUCUCUUGGUUUCCCAUUUUCUUUCCACUCAAGACGCCUCUGUGUGUUCCCGAUGGCGGAGAAAUCGAGGUCUGGAUGUGGAGACAGACGGACGAUAGGAAGGUGUGGUACGAAUGGAGUGUGGAAGUCCAUGCAAAGGGCGAAGGCAAACGGAGGAAUAAGGUUGGGGCAAGUGUCCUGCAUUCAAGUCGGAAGAAUGGGUGUUUGAUGUAGCCAGCUCCCGCAAGUCGAGGAGUUCGUAGCAAGCGCCAUUUUGAGUAGUACUAGAUACAACAUGCCAG